UCCUAAAAAUUUGGUCACCUCAACUCUCUAAAACAUGAAGGCAAUUAGUUUUAUUUAUUAUUGGUAGGUAAGUGUCUAAAUUCCAAUAAUAUAAAACUUCUUUUAUACUGAAUUGAUCUAAAUUCAACCAUUACCAUUAGAGCAGCACUUCUUUUAGCCUGCAAGAAUUUUUCCAGCUCUAAAGGAUGAACAUCACUUCUCUGUUGAUGUCAAAGUGGCCUUGCUCUAGAUUUCUGCUUGUUUUGGCAUUGCUGUUGGUGAUAUCUGUAACAAGUACGAGUUUAGCAUAUGAUAGACGCGAGGUAAUAAAGGCGAAUCAUGGUGUUGUUGCCACUGAUGAUGGUCGAUGCUCGAGGAUUGGAAGAGAUGUUCUGAGAGAAGGAGGCCACGCUGUGGAUGCAGCGGUUGCUGCAGCAUUUUGCUUGGGAGUUGUCAGUCCCGCGUCUAGUGGCAUAGGCGGAGGUUCAUUCAUGCUAAUAAGAUCAGCAGAUGGAAAAACACAAGCCUUUGAUAUGAGAGAAAUUGCUCCUAAGCAAGCCUCUAAGAAUAUGUAUGCACAAAAUGCUGCUCUAAAAGCUAGCGGAGUUCUUUCAAUAGCAGUUCCAGGAGAAAUUGCUGGCCUUUACAACGCGUGGAAACAAUAUGGAAAGCUUCCAUGGAGAAGGCUUGUGAGGCCAGCUACACAUCUAGCUCAUAGCGGGUUCAAAAUUUCUCCGUAUCUUCACAUGCAAAUGCUCAAAAGUGAAUCAGAUAUAAUGGCCGAUAAAGGACUUCAUGACUUGUUCACUUCAAAUGGCAGCCUUUUGCGGAUAGGAGAUAUAUGUUAUAACAAAGAGCUAGGGAAAACACUAAGAGCACUUUCCGCGUAUGGAAUUAGACCAUUUUACAAUGGAUCGAUUGGGGUCAAAUUGAUCAAGGAUAUAAGAAAAUCUGGAGGCAUAUUGACAAUGGAAGACUUGCAGCAGUAUCAAGUUCGAAUAAGAGAACCUAUCACUGCAGACGUUAUGGGAUUUAAGAUAAUUGGUAUGCCACCUCCUUCAGCAGGAGGCGCUGCAAUGGUUCUAAUACUGAACAUUCUUGCACAAUAUGGAUUUCCCAUGGAAGGUCCGAGCUCCCUUCUAAUUCAUCGACAAAUUGAAGCCCUGAAACAUGCAUUUGCAGUGAGGAUGAACCUUGGGGAUCCAGAUUUCGUUAAGGUCAAAAAUGUCGUAAAUGAUAUGCUUUCAACUGAAUUUGCAAAACAGUUGAAGAAGACCAUUUAUGACAACAUGACUUUCAAUCCCAAUCACUAUGGUGGCAAGUGGGAUCAGAUUAAUGAUCAUGGAACCAGCCACAUGUCCGUUGUGGACAGUGAACGAAAUGCUGUUUCGAUGACAAGCACUGUAAAUGCUUACUUUGGUGCUAAGUAUCUCUCACCAAGUACUGGGAUAGUUCUUAACAAUGAAAUGGAUGAUUUCUCCGUUCCUGCAAAACGUUCCGAGAAUGUUCCACCGCCAGCACCUGCAAAUUUUAUCUAUCCAGGCAAAAGGCCAUUGUCAUCAAUGACUCCUACUAUUGUUCUCAAGGGUGGACAAUUGAGAGCUGUUGUUGGUGCAAGUGGAGGAGCAAUGAUCAUUGCUGGCACUGCUGAGGUUUUUCUGAAUCAUUUUGCAAGGGGAAUGGAUCCCUUCUCUUCUGUAAUGGCUCCAAGAUAUUACCAUCAGUUGAUUCCGAAUGUGCUACAAUACGAGAAUUGGACAGUCGUGACAGGCGAUCACAUAGAGGCUCCAGUAAAAAUAAGGUCUGCCCUUCAAAAGAAUGGACAUGUCCUACAAAGUAUUGCUGGAGGGACAAUCUGCCAAUUUGUUGUUCAAGAAUUCAAGUCAUCAAAGUUAGGGGAGCUUGUAGCUGUAAGUGACCCGAGGAAAGGCGGAUUUCCUGCUGGUUUUUAGACAUGUCACGUCUAACAAGCAGUCGUCUUCGCUGCACAAGGCCCCCUAACAGAGGAAAGCCAUAUAUGAUCAUUGAUCAGUACCAGCUGGUCAAGUGUGUUUUUCAUUUUAUUGAAUGUUUAGAAGCUCAUUAAGACAUAUAUAACUGGAGCUACCAUCUGUAUAAUGUGUAUAUCAGCCAAAAUGCUAAGGGAAAACACAUAAAAUAUAUGAUUUAUAUUGAUAUCA